GAGCGUUUGUCUGACCUGAAGUAGCCGGUGAGAUCCCAUCGCAUCUCUGCAGCGAACUGGCUAUCCCCAGUCAACACCUUCAUAUACUCCCAACUCCUCCCUGUCUCCUCUCUACACCGCAGUACUCUCCCAUGCUCCCGCAUUGACGUUGAUUUGGGCGGCAUUUUAAGGGAUUAGGGUUAGGGUUAGUGAAACUAAGAGAGCUUUGGACGACUGAUCAUGGCGGCUAACGACGUGGAUCCGAUCAAGGGGCCAUGGACACCGGACGAAGACGAAAUGUUACAGACGCUGGUGGAGAAGCAUGGGCCGAAGAAUUGGUCUUUGAUAAGCCAAUCGAUUCCUGGAAGAUCGGGGAAAUCGUGCCGGUUGCGAUGGUGUAAUCAGCUUUCACCGAAGGUGGAGCAUCGCCCCUUCACGCCGGAGGAAGACGAGAUUAUCGUUAGCGCGCACCACCGCUUUGGUAACAAGUGGGCAACCAUAUCUCGACUCCUACCCGGCCGCACUGAUAACAACAUAAAAAAUCACUGGAACUCAACCCUCAAGCGCAAGCAAGCCGCCGUUGCCGCCGUCGCGUCGGCUUCGGAGGAAAGAAUGACGGGGGCUUUCGAAGAUUGUAGGCUGAUCAAACGUCCGAAUAGUCCAGAAACAGAUUCUAACACUAGGAGUCCGAAUCGCCACGAUCCGUUUACAUCGCUCACCCUAUCACCCCCGGGAUCGUCUAGUGAUAAGUACCAAUCCGCCGUUAACCAGAAACACAGCGACCCUCAAUUUCUAGCUUCGCCGUCAGCUACCACAUUAGCUGCGAGGACGACAACGCCGGAGGAGAAACUGCCACCCGCGGUGGCUUUCCCUUUCAGCCCCGAGUUCCUGGAAGCCAUGCAGGAGGUGAUCCACCAGGAGGUGCAGAAUUACAUGAGCGGGCUGGAGCACCAGGGAAUGAUACCUCCUCCUCCUCCUCCUACUCCACCUACGCCGCCUACGCCGCCGCCGCCAUAGCCGCAGGAGAGCGUGCUAAGCAGUGUCCUGAAGAGGAUCGGGAUAUCCAGAAUCAAUUAGGAAGGAAGAAGAGUUGUAGGAAACCCUAGACGUAGAUUCGGAUGCAACGGUAAAUCAGAAUUGCAGAGAAGAACAGAAGAUAAAACCUUUCUUUGUCAAUAUAUCUUUUUUUGCUCUACACAUGUUUCGUAAUUUCCUAGCACGAUUUUUCAUCUUCAAAAUCAUUUCUUGGGCUCUAUUUUUAGUGUACCAAUUAAAUUAUUUCUCACAUAUUA